UAGGCGGGGCGUGCAGAGAAGGGAGGGGCGAGGAUCCGGGCCAGGCAGCUGGGGCGUGCUUCUUGGAGGUGGCCAUGGCGUGUGGCUUCCGCAGGUCCAUCGCCCGUCAGCUUUCCAGACUUUUGGAUCUUCCACCAGAAAACUUGAUCAAGUCAAUAUCUGCAGUUCCAAUUUCCAGAAAAGAGGGAACCGCCUCUUCCCGUGUGUCCUGAAGACCCCUUGCACCUUUCUGCUCCCAGGGAUUCGCCCUUCCCACCAGACCACCACCAGAGAAGUAGCUGAUUUUCAGCUUUCUGUGGAUUCUCUAUUGGGAAACAACAAUGACCAUUCAAGACCAGAUGUUCAAGUUCAAGCCACGAGACUGGCAGAGAAGCUAAAAUGUGAUACAGUGGUAAGUGAAAUCAGCACUGGUCAAGGGACUGUAAAUUUCAAAAUAAACAGAGAACUAUUAACAAAGACAGUACUACAACAAGUAAUCAAAGAUGGCUCAAAAUAUGGGUUAAACAGUGAGCUAUUCUCUGGUCUUCCCCAGAAGAAGAUCGUGGUUGAAUUCAGUUCACCUAAUGUUGCCAAAAAAUUUCACGUUGGACAUUUGCGUUCUACCAUCAUAGGAAAUUUUAUAGCAAAUCUCAAAGAAGCUUUAGGACAUCAAGUCACCAGAAUAAAUUACCUUGGAGAUUGGGGCAUGCAGUUUGGUCUUCUGGGAACCGGCUUCCAGCUGUUUGGCUAUGAAGAAAAACUUCAGUCCAGUCCUUUACAGCACCUCUUUGAAGUUUAUGUACAAGUUAAUAAAGAAGCAGCAGAUAAUAAAAAUGUAGCAAAAUCAGCGCAUGAGUUCUUUCAGCGAUUAGAACUGGGUGACAUGCAAGCACUUGAACUGUGGCAGAAAUUUCGAGACCUGAGCAUAGAAGAAUACGUGCGGAUUUACAAGCGUCUAGGAGUACACUUUGAUGAAUAUUCAGGAGAAUCAUUUUAUUGUGAAAAAUCUCAAGAAGUCUUAAAAUUGCUGGACAGUAAAGGACUCCUGCAGAAAACAAUAAAAGGAACAGCUAUAGUGGAUCUUUCUGGAAAUGGUGACCCCUCCUCAAUUUGUACUGUAAUGCGAAGUGAUGGGACUUCUCUCUACGCAACCAGAGAUCUUGCAGCUGCUAUAGAUCGAAUGGAGAAGUAUAAUUUUGAUACAAUGAUUUAUGUGACAGAUAAAGGGCAAAAAAAGCAUUUUCAGCAAGUGUUCCAAAUGCUGCAGAUCAUGGGAUAUGACUGGGCAGAAAGGUGCCAGCACGUGCCCUUUGGAGUGGUGCAGGGAAUGAAGACUCGAAGAGGAGAGGUUACUUUUCUGGAAGAUGUUCUAAAUGAGAUUCGAUCAAGGAUGCUACAGAACAUGGCUUCUAUUAAGACUACCAAAGAAGUGGAGAACCCACAGGAGACUGCAGAGAGGGUCGGGCUUGCAGCGCUCAUUAUUCAGGACUUCAAAGGUGUGCUCUUGUCUGACUAUCAGUUCAGCUGGGAUCGUAUUUUCCAGAGUCGUGGGGACACAGGCGUCUUCCUGCAGUACACGCAUGCUCGCCUCCACAGUUUGGAAGAGACUUUUGGAUGUGGUUAUCUAAAUGAUUUCAACACUGCUUGUUUACAAGAACCACAGUCUGUUUCCAUUCUUCAGCAUCUUCUCAGGUUCGAUGAAGUGCUUUAUAGAUCAUCUCAGGACCUUCAACCCAGGCACAUUGUCAGUUACCUUCUAACUCUAAGUCAUCUUGCAGGUAUGGCACACAAGACACUGCAUAUAAAAGACAGUCCUCCUGAAGUGGCUGGGGCCAGACUUCAUCUUUUCAGAGCUGUGCGUUCUGUGCUAGCCAAUGGAAUGAAACUUCUUGGAAUAACACCUUUACAGGUCUUCCUCUGCUGCCAAAUUCAACAUGCUCCACACCACAAUGGUAAAUCUAUCUGCUGAAAAGUAAUGCACACAGCCUGAUGGGAGACUACAAACUAUCCAGAAGAAGGAAAGAAUACCAAAAAGAUCACUACUGAGAAAUUCUACAUAGUGGAGUUCUCCAGGUAUCUGAAGAUUGGCUCUUCAAACAUUUGACAGUUUUUUGUUUUGUUUUGUUUUUUUAAUGUUUAUUUUUGAGAGAGAGGGAGACACAGAAUCCAAAGCAGGAUCCAGGCUCUGAACUGUCAGGAGAGCCCAAUGUGGGGCUUGAACCCAUGAACCAUGAGAUCACGACCUGAGCAGAAGCUGGAUACUUCACCAACUGAGCCACCCAGAUGCCCCCCACCCUUUUUUUUAAUGUGACAUUCUUCUUUAAAUUACUUUUUAAUGCAAAUCUAAGAUGUCCUAUAUACUUUCUCAAUACCUUAAACCCUAUUUUUUUCACAGAAUGUUUUCCCUAAAUUAUAGAGUUGAAUAACAAAAUUAAAGAGAAACAUUAAAAGGAAUCACAGGAGUACAAUUCAAAGAGCCAUCUUAACAAGAUGAUGUAUUAGAAAACAUAACAUUUUCUUUAAUGUCCUACUUCUCACUAGUAAGCACAAAAUAGCAAAGAUAUAAAUCUUACAGACUAUGAAAUACAGGACACUGCUUUUGUACUUUUAAUGCCUUCCAAAACACUGACAUAUAUUGCUAUAUCUUCAGAGUGGUUCUCACGGAGAAAUACCCAUUUGUCCCCAUCUCCCACAUUCCACCACCAUGUCCACCAAUCUACGCUGGAUUCCCCAAGCUCCAGUAUAGUGGCUAGUUCUUUCCCUAAUCCCUUGCUAUGGGCAAUGCCAUUUUACUUCCACUCCUUAGAGAUACUCUAAGCCUUCAAUGGUAUCAGAUGAAUUAUUGCCUAUCCAGAAAAGAGGUGGCCAUUUUAUCACUGGCUCUCUAUGCCCUAUUUGGAAUAUGGACUACAUAAGUAUCUAAUUACUAUUUCUAAUAACCACCAUGCCUGCACCAAUAAUCAAAGUUGCUGUGGUCCCUUUUCUCCCUGACACUUUUGUCCUUUGUUACCUUGUCCAUCACACUUUCAGCUUUCACAUAAAAAGAAUGACCUAUGAGAGGCACCUGGGUGGUUCAGUCGGUUAAGUGUCAAACUCUUGAUUUCGGCUCAGGUCAAGAUCUCAUGGUUGUGAGAUCAUGCCCAGCGUCAGGCUCCACACUAAGCAAGCAAGGAACCUGUUUAAGAUUGUCUCCCUCUCCCCCUACCCUCUCUCUCUC